AUGAAGGUCUUCGUGCUAGUGCUGCUGGUUGCCCUGCUCUUCGUGGAACGAGCUCAUGCUCUUAUGUGUUUCACAUGUAACAUGAAAAAGAGCUCUGUUAAUUGUAUGAAGAUUUCCUAUUGUGCAAUAGAUGAAAAUUACUGCCUUUCCGAAGUCAUCUCAUCAACUGUUGCACCCAAACAAAAGAACAUCACCAAAUCUUGUUCUUCCACCUGUCCGGGCAGUGGUUAUACCUCUGGGGACUUCGUUGUAACCAUUCAAUGCUGCCAACACACCCUGUGUAAUAUAUUCUCAAAUGAUGGUGGACUCCAGGGCAGCUCCUUGGUGCUGGGCCUGUCUGUGCUGUUCAGUUUGCUUUACACCCUGGUGAGGCCAGGUGCUUGACACUGCUCCCCUCAGCCUGCCCCAAGGUCCCAGGGG